AUCCCUCAGGUGAUCCCACAUCCGGGACAUUCUGCUGCGCAUGCGCAGUCACAUUUUUUUCUAACCGCGUAAAACCAUCAAAAAUCGGGGUGAAAAAGAUGAAGUCGGCGUAAAAAAAUCAGUUUUUGACAUCCAAGUUGCAAAUUUUCGGGCUUGAAACGUCAACAUGGCGGAGACGAGAGCAUCAAAGUCGAAAGGAAGAAAGCUCGACUCGAUUAUCUCCAAACUAAAGAUCCAUCCGUCUCAAGAAGCCAUCGAUASUCAAAAUGAGCCGUUGAUCACAGAGAAAAGUGAUGUAAAAGAAGGUGAAAAAAGCAAUGAAAACCAUGAUGUUGAGAGAAAAAGAUCCAAAAGAAAAUCUAAAAAGAUAGUUAGAUACAGAAUUGAAGAUGAUGAUGACGAUAAUGACAYCACUGACACAACAGAAGCCCCAGUUGAAGGAACUCUGAAUCAAGUCGAAGAGAAAGACAGCCAGUUGCCUGAAACCAUCUUUGAAGACAUUCCAAAUGGAGACACUUCAACUUUUGAUGACACUGGAGACACGACUGUUUUAUUUUUACCAGCCGAUGAAAUACAAGUAAGGGCGGGUCCAUCCGAUGAUUAYCUUGGAGAUCUGUUAGAAGGUGGGCAGGACAGUCACCAGGAAGAGGAAGAAGAAACAAGYAAAGAGAAGAAGAAAAAGAAGAAGAAAAAGAAAACAUAUGAGUCAGACGAAUCUCUGGAUGAAGAUGGGCUUCCAAGGAGGGUUAUGUGCACUGCUUGUGGUAGGAACAUUAACCCUUCCCAUGGUACAAUACUGCGCCACCCUGUAUUGAAUGUCUUGGUGUGUAAGAAAUGCAACCAGUACUACAACUCUGGCCCAUUCACUCGUGAUGAGUAUGGCAUAGAAGAACAGUGUCGCUGGUGUGGUGAUGGUGGUGAUCUUAUCUGUUGUGAUCACUGUGAGAAAGUCUACUGUAAACCUUGUAUUCAAAGAAACUGUGGAAAAACAUACCUCAAGAACCUCCUCAAYGCACCUGAUGACUACAAAUGGUUUUGCAUUGUUUGUCAAAAGGACAAGCCUAUUAAACACAUCCAACGUCUCCGAAAGAAAUGUGAUCAAGUUAUGCAAGCCUUAGAAAACAUCAAAGCUCAGAAAGCWCACUUUAAAAGCAAAAAAGGUCAGCAAACAUCUGUGGUAAUUGGACCUACUACUUCAGAGAGAAGAAACAGGUUGAAUUGCUUGAGYGAAGGAAUAAAGGCYGAGGAGUUGUCUUCAUCUGGAGAGAGUCCAACWAAGAAGACAUUCGGAAAAGAUGCUGAGUUGCCUCCUGAAUUAUUCAGUAAGAUUGAAGAUGAAGRACAUGAAGCAUCUGAUAAGGACAAUGAUGAGGACAGCAAAAGCAAUACUGAAAAUGAAAGCACAAAGGGUGUAAAUAAAAAGCAAGGCGAUGRCAUGGAAGGGGAAGAUCGCCCAGACAGCGAUAGUCAAACUUCACGGAGAAGGUCUCUCAGAAGUGGGAGUAAAGAUAAGAACAGUGAAAAAAAGGAUACCAAAGAGCCUGAUAAAGUAGGUACAAUGGAGGAAGAAAAGCAAGAAGUAAAAUGCAACAAAAAUGAUGAAGAAGUAAACUUGAUUUCUGAAGGGGAAGAAACUUCAGAACARCCUGACAAACCCAAAACCAGAAGUCAACGAAAAGAACAAGCUAARCAAGAGCAAGAAAAAGCAAAGGAAAUUAUAACAGGAAGAAGCAAAAGCGUCGACAAUGAAUCAAGUGAAGAAGCAACAACGGUUUUGAAGGUAAAUAAAGAAAAAUCUAAGGAAUCUCAGAAUGGAGARCCCACGGAGAAAGAAUUAUCAGAAGAAGUAGCAGAAGAAGAUAAUGAAACGGAAGAAGAAGUUAGAGUAACACGUAGUGGAAUAAAACGGAUAGAAAUCAAACCAAAAACUGUAGAAUCACCCAAAAGCACUCCACAASAAAGUGAUGAAGAACGAAAUAACAAAAAUAAAACAAAAAAUAAAUUAAAAACAAUUGCUGAUAAAGUCAAAGAGGAGAACUUGACUGAUGAGCAGGACUCUUCAGAUUCUUCUUCUGGAAGAAGACCGUCAAGAAAGAGCAAAGACAGAGCAAACAAACUUAUGAUCAGAAGAGAUAUUAAAAAGAAAACUCCACCACCUAAAACUAUAGUAGUAGUUGAUUCUAGUGAUGAAAAUGAUAAUAAAGAACAAGAAAAAAUAAGUAAAGAACAACCAAAAGAGGUGAAAAAGUCACAGAAAAGCAAUGUGGUGGAAAAGUCCAAGGGCAAAAAACCAGAAGUAAAAACUAUGAAAAGUGAAAAAAGUACCACCUCAGAUUCUUCAGAUUCUAGAAUAAAAAAGUCAAGAGGGAAAGUUAAUAAAAAAUCUACUGAAUCAAAAGCAAAAAACAAAAAAGAUUCAAAUAAGGAUUCGUGUUCUGAUGAUUUUGAUAGUGAUGCUAAUUUAAGCUCAAUUAAAAAUAAAUUGGACAAAAAGAAGAAGGCAGAUUUGUCUUCCGAUUCAGACUUUGAAACUAAAAAAGUUUCCAAGAAGGCUGCUUCAAAUAAAAAGAAAAGCAUAGAACAGAGUUCAGAUUCAGAUACUAGUAAAAAAGUGAAGUCAGAACCAGAGGAAUACAGUUUAGAAGAAUCAUCAGAAUCAGAUGAGGAAUCAAGUGAAAGUGACUCUGAUAUUAGCCCUAAAACACAACGAAGUAGAGGAGUGCAGAAGCAAACAAGAAAGCGUCCAAGGCCAGUUGAGUCAAGCAGUGACUCACAAGAAACCUCAGAAGACUCGUCUGAAGAUGAAGGAAUGGCGAAAAGGACAAGGAAAAGAAAGCAGAUUGAAUCAGAUUCAUCAGAGGAGACUGCAAAAACUAGCAAAAGAGCACAAAACAAAAGACAAAAGAAAACAAUAAAAAAAGGAAGGAAGGGAAGACAAAAGAAAAAUAUGUUAGAUUCUGAUGAAAGUGAAGUUAGUGACAAUGAGGAAUCAUCUGAUUCUGAGGCGGAAGAAAAGACAAAGUCAAAGAAAGGCAAACAAAAGAAAAAACAGAAGGGUAAAAAGCCUGCGCAGAAGAAGAAACGGCGUAGAGUAAAGAAUAAAUCAGACGAUGAAUCCACUGACGACGAUAAAGAAGAUAAAUCACCCUCUAAAGGGCGAAAAAARAUCCGUAAAAUUCUYACAGAYGAUAAACUUGGAGAAGAAACUCUAAAGGCAAGGCGUCUUGAAGAAGAAAGAAGRAAGAGAUUAUUAGAAAGAACAAGGACUGCAGAGGAUGAUGAAAUGCCUAAAGAAAGUUGGCACUUGAAUACAGUUGUCCUGGAGAAAGAYAAAGAAACAAAGGAGCCCUUAGUGGAAAUCCAAAGUGAYCUUGUUCAACAUCUCAARCCCCAUCAAUCCAAAGGCAUUCAGUUCAUGUAUAAUAACGUAAUUGACUCAAUUGAAGCAUACAAGAAAGGCGACAAAGGUGGUGGAUGUAUUCUUGCACACUGCAUGGGUCUUGGCAAGACACUUCAGGUUGUGUCUUUAAUCCACACUUUGCAUAAGCAUGAAAGUUUUGACUUCAAAACAACAUUGAUUAUCGCUCCAUUAAACACSGUCCUUAACUGGCAAGUAGAGUUUGACAAGUGGCUGAAUGUCGAUGAAAGAAUGGAUGUAUUUGUACUAAAGGAAGCUGGCCACAAUAACUGGCACCGUGCUGAUAUGUUGAAGCAGUGGCAGCGAUAUGGUGGCAUUUUGAUUGUUGGUUAUGACGCAUACCGGAACUUAUCUCAGUGUUCAAGAGUUCGCAGCAAACACCAGAAGAAAAUCUUCAAGGAAGCUCUUGUCGAYCCAGGUCCAGACUUGGUUGUGUGUGAUGAAGGUCAUAUUCUACGUAAUGACCAAUCAGCUAUCAGUAAGGCUGUCAACUCCAUCAAGACCAGACGGCGCAUUGUCCUUACCGGUACACCUUUGCAGAAUAACCUCAUCGAAUAUCACUGCAUGGUGAGCUUUGUAAAACCCAAUUUACUUGGUACAAGAAAGGAGUUCAUGAAUUUAUUUGGCAAUCCCAUUAUGAAUGGACAGUGUGUUGACUCCAAUCCAUUAGAUGUACGCAUUAUGAAACAAAGCUGUCAUGUGCUGUACAAAUUACUGGAAGCUUGUGUCCAGCGACGAGACUACUCUGUUUUAACUCCUUUCCUGCCUCCAAAGCAUGAGUAUGUGAUUAAAAUCAGAUUGUCUGAAGUACAAAGGAAGCUUUAUGCACAUUAUCUGAACACAUUUGUCUAUCCAGAGGGACAGAUUGAAGGUUCCUUUUCAGGACGAGGUGCAUCAUUGUUCUCAGACUACCAAGCUUUGAUGAGGAUAUGGACCCAUCCAUGGUGUCUGAAGCUUGAAGCUAUACGCCGUUCCCUGCGUGCGCCUUACAGCGACUCAGACAACAGCUUAGAUGGCUUUGUCGUCCAUACAGAUGAGGAGGAAGAGAGUGAAAGUGGUUCUUCCAGCGCAGACGAAAUAUCAUUAAAAAGUGAUGACUCUUUGCCCAAGAACAAAGACAAAAAGAAAAAUGGUGAGGUAUUUGAAUUAAAGUCAAGCUCAGACGAAGAGUCUGGCAAUAAUACAAGUGAUGAAGAAGUAAUGCCUCAACCCUCACGGCGUUUGACACGAAGCAAUGGACCUAUCAAAAUUGAUGACGAUGAGAAGCAACAAAAUGGCAGUGCAAAUGCUGAUGGAGAAAGUAACCUGAGGUCUGGGAACACAUUCAAGGAAGAAGUACAAGAAGAAAAGGAAUGGUAUGAUGAGUUCCUUACUCCAGAAGAUGAGUACAAUGUGGAGCUUAGUGGCAAAAUGGCCCUUCUCUUAGAGAUUCUAGCUGAUGCUGAAGCUGUGGAGGAAAAAGUUCUUGUGUUCAGUCAAAGUCUGGUGACUUUAGACUUAAUAGAAAGAGCUCUUGGUGGAGGAGAAGUGGGUGGUGACCGUGAAAACUGGUGCCGUGGAUGUGACUAUUUCCGUAUGGAUGGGUCGACCAGUGUCCAGUUACGGCAAAGAUGGGCUGACAUCUUCAAUGACGUUGACAAUAAAACAGCUCGGCUGUUUCUGAUAUCCACUAAGGCUGGUGGUCUAGGAAUCAAUCUGGUGGCUGCAAAUAGAGUUGUAGUUUUUGAUGUGUCCUGGAAUCCUUCACAUGAUGUCCAGUCAAUCUUCAGAGUUUACAGAUUUGGACAAACYAAACCAGUCUAUGUGUACAGACUUGUGUCCGAGGGUGCAAUGGAAGAAAGGAUAUAUGACCGACAGAUCGCCAAGUUGUCAACAUCUCAACGUGUGAUUGACAAGCAUCAAAUUGAACGUCACUUUACAGCAGCUGAUCUAGCAGAGCUUUACAGGUUUAACCCAAGUGUCUACAAUGAAGAGACAGACAAAGACAAUGUCCCCAGCCUUCCUCUGCCAAAGGAUGCAGUUUUAGCAGAUUUGAUUAACAGAAUGCAUCCAAAAUGGAUUGUGAAGUACCAUGAACAUGAUUCUUUGUUGCAAAACAAAACAGAAGAGCAGCUUACUGAUGAAGAGUGUAAGCAAGCUUGGGCUGCUUAUGAAGCACAGAAAAACCAGGCUAAACAACAAUUGGAUGCUCGUUCUCUACAAGCACAGUAUGCACAACARCAACUAGAACAACAACGCCAAGCUGUACCGUCCCAGAACUUAAACUUCAGCAAUUCUGUAUUGCAACAAAUGCAAGARUUCCAACGRCAACAGCUCUCUGAACGCAUGGCACGAAUGCAGGCAGAUGCAGCAAUGCAAGGCAGACAUUACCAGCUUCCCCCUACRCAUAACAUGCACAACCAACAACUACGACAGCAGCAGCAGCAACUAUUGCAACACUUAGGAGCAGCMCGSCCUGUGUAUCAACCACGCCCAGGCACAACAUAUCAACCUAUCAACUUGUUUAUACCUCAACAGCAACAGCAAGCACACCGCAUGCUGCCACCACGCCUACCAUCRACAGCCCAACAGAAUCCGCAAGCAAACACACCACAACCUAAUCCACGCAUUGUAUUACGUCAUGCCRCACCACCAUAUAGUAGAAUGUAAUCUAUUAGGUGUACAUUAUUUUUGAAAAWAUAGAGUUCAUGUCAUAUAACUGUAUAUUAAUUUUACAGAUGCUUAACGUCUGCUUGUUUGACAAAUAUACAAAUUUGUAUAUAUUAAAUAUUGUAAUCUCUAUUAGUGGCACUUCAGUUUUAAUUAACGGUAAGCAAAUUUCUUGUGAUAUAUUUUUUUAGUUGUAUGCUAUUGCCCUUCAAUACAAACAUAGGAUUUUUUCAUUAUCUAUUCCUUCAACCCAGUUAUUGUUUUUUUGAACAAAUGCAUCUAAUGCUUUUUAGGAAUCAUUUUUAUCUAAAAGGGUAUCCUGCCAAGCACUUCUGUUAUGAAAAAAUAGGUUAUCUAAAAGCUUUGAAUAGAAACGUUUGAAUAUUAAAAAAUGCAAAUGAAGUGAUGUAAAAACAAGAGUAAAUGUUGUAUGGAAUAUCCCGCAAGAGAAUUUACAUCACUCCUGACUGGCUACAUUAAAAAUGAUUAAUAUAUUAAUUUAUUUUAUAGAUAAAAUGGGAAAUGGCUUUCUUUUUCUCAUUUUGGGUUGUGUUUACAAAGUGGUAAAUAUACUAAGUUUUUUAACCUAUCCUUGAAAAUUAGAUAAUUAUUAAGUUUUAGUUUUUUUACUUGGCUCUUGGGGUCAAUGCAGAUGUGUGCUGUGAAAUGCAAUGUUAAUGUUAAAACUUGAUUAAUAAUUAUUAUUUGUGAUUGUUAACUGGAAUAAAUUUAAGAAGUAUUUAUUAUCAAAACUCCUUAAUAAUUAUUAUUAUAAAUGAAAUCAUCAUUGGCAUUGGCAUGUUUAGUUGUAAUUGUUCUAGAAUUACAUAAUAUACAGGAUUAAAAAAUUUUUAAUGGGCUUAAACACAUGUCAAACAUUUACAAGUAAUCACAAAUUCAAGGGCAAAUUUUUGCACAUUAAACAUGCAAACACCUUAGAGUAAGAAAAAUGCGUUUUUUGCAUUGUCUGAUAUCUUGCAUCAGUCAUGUGAACCAGGUCAAUAAUAUUAAAAAAAUAAUUCUCUAAUUUUUCCUGUAGCUAUUUCACAGUCAAGUUAUAGAAUGAACACAAUUAAAUCUGUGAAAUCAUAAAAUUGAAUUAAAAUACCAUAAAAGUUCACUAAAUCUGCAGCUGAAGCUGAUGUCCUUUGAAACACCAUUUGUUCCUAAUAAACAACAUUGUAUUAUGCCAGUGCACAAAAUAGUACAAAGAGACUAUAAUCAAAUUUUACGGAUGAAUUGUGUUCACUCUACCACUCACUUUUUCAUACUCUAUACUUUGUUGUCAAAUGUUGUAAAGUUUCACAGUUUUUAUUAGCAUUAUAUAAUAUUAAUGUACCUACAG